ACAUUAUUGAUGAAUGUUUUGGAUAUAUUUGUUGACAAAAUUGUGUUUACAUUUCAAAUAUUUUGGAUUUUAAGUCAAAAUUUUUUGAUGAAAUAAUGUUUGAAAUGAUUUAAUGACAAGACAUGAAUCAAAGUAAUGAUAAUAUAAAACAUAAUACAAGACUUAGAAGACAUGGAAGUCGUAAAACACAAGACACGAGUGUCACGAUUGAUGUGAACGACGUGUUUGAAGAAGUGGUUAAACAAAAUGAAAGACUUGUCAAAGAAAUUGAAUUUUAUGAAGAAGUGGUCAACGAUUUAGUGACAAAUAUGAAGACAUGUAUUGUUUGUCAACAAAAUAAUGUCAUAAAAGACAGAAUCAGUGAAUUGGAGACACAUUUGAAUAGUAAGACAAUCGAUAACUCAACUGAUUUUAAGAGUGAAUACAAUAAAUUAAAACCAAGAAAUGUUAGGACAAAUGGUUUAGAAAAAUCAAAGAAAAAAUGUGUCAAAGAUUUUACAGAUUCUGAUAGUUAUAUAUCAUGUGAAACCAGUGAUGACAACGAUUCAGAUAACAGUCGGACAACUAAUAUAAAAACAAAGACAUUGAAGAAAGAGAAAAAUACACCCAAAAGACGUGAUGAAGACUUAAGAGAUGUCGAUAACAAACAACAUUCAGAUAAAACCAAUGUCUCGACAAUAUCUGAACAAUUAAGUGAUGAAAGAGAGAGCGAUAUAAAAAUGAAAACAAAUGUAAAGACAAAAUCAAUGACAACAACAAAGAAAAAGUUGAAAAUAGAGUUUAAAACUAACAAUAAAAUCAUUUUUAAAGAUAUCGAUGAAGUGGACAAUGAUGUGGACAGAAGUGAAUCAAUUCAUAUACAACUAAAUAGUAGACCAACUGUUAAAAAACCUAAGAUUAAGCCAUACAGUGAUGAAUAUGAAGUGCAAAGAAAGACAUUGAAAGUUAAAUCACUUACCAGUGAUGGCCGAUAUCAAUGUCAAUUCUGUGAUUACGUAAGCAAUAAAGUUUUUGGUGAUCUUGAGGCACACUUCAAUGGACAUCAUCUGAUGAUUAAACCAUUUAAAUGCAAUCUAUGUUCAAAACUAUUUAAAUCAUUGAAACAACUAUUGCUUCAUCUAAAAGUUAAACACUAUGGUAUUGGUGAAGGAUUGGAUCAAUUAACUGAUCAACAAUCAGCUAAAAUUACAAAACAAUUAGAGAAAUUCAAAUGCAAAUUAUGUAACAAAUGUCUAUAUUGUGCACGUGGUCUGGAAAAUCAUGUUUUGCGCGUACAUCACAACCAAAUGCCGCCCAAAUUGCUGGCCUGCGACAGGUGUAACAAAUCGUAUAGUAAUGAUAUGGUAUUGGCCAGACAUAGGAGCCUACAGCACGGUAUUGGCAAAAGUUGGCCACUAUUUUAUUGCGAUUGGAAGGACUGUCAAUAUAAAACUCAUAAUAAGACUGCCUUAGAAUCACAUAAAAAGAUACAUUUAGGUAUCCGUGACUAUGUGUGCGAUUGGCCCGGAUGUGACUAUCGGGCGGUUGCCAAACAAAAUUUAGAAGCCCAUCAAUUGGUACACAGCGCUCAGUUGUUCUACCAGUGCCAGUGGUCCGGUUGUCAGUAUGGCGCCAAACGAGAUUAUGAUUUGAAAAGACACGUAAAGAGAGUUCACGAGGACAUACCCCGCGCACUGGUGUGUCAUUGGCCCGGAUGUGAUAAAACGUUUAGAUUUAACAGAGAUGUGAAAAGACAUAUGUUAAACCAUAAAGAACCGCAUAUACCCUGUCCUUACUGUAGCAAAAUGUUUAAGACUAAUAAGUAUUUACAACAACACCUGAGAUCACACCGAAGGCGACUAACAUAAGUCAGAUGUCCGGUUCGGUCACGGGAUGUGAGAGACAAUGAUAGGGCAUAUAAAUAAUGUUAGAAAUUAUUUGAUAGUACAUCACAAUUGGUUGGUAAACAAAUAAAUUAC